UCCAUACCUGGAUAAAAACAGCACUGCCUUGUUCUGUUGGAAUGAAAUAAGCGAAGGACUGAGAGCGCGGUGUGAUGUGUGUCAUCGGUCACGCGGCUGGUGUCGCGGGGACGAGCUGCGCGCUCCUGAUCUCUGCGUGUCCUGCAGACGCGGAUCGGACCGAGGUCUCUCUCUCUGCGGGAAACUUGCGCGGAACUUCCGCCGGCGGAGGCAGCAAUGCAGCAGUGAACCUCGCACCUGCUCCGGAGUUCCUCUCGCAGACUCUUCCUCGCAUUCUCAAGAUGGAGCUUCUGCUGCUGCUCUCCUCUCUGUCGGCUCUCUGUGUUUCUGCGGAGCAGGAGGUGGAGAAUCUCUCUGGACUCUCGCCGAAUCCCGACCGGGACAUUUUCGUAGUGAGAGAAAACGGAACGACCUGCUUGAUGGCGGAGUUUGCGGUGAAAUUCCUGAUUCCCUACGACGUUCUGGCACUGAACGGGAUCGACCUGAUCACGGAGCAGGCGUCCGCGACGAUCCCGCGUGGAGCUCAGAUCGCUGGGAAAUGCGGGAGCAGUGAGUCGGAGCUGCACAUCUCGUGGCUCAAUCACGCAUUCACAUUCCGCAUCUUCUUCUCAAAGGAGAAACACACGAUGGGCAGUGAUGGAAAAGCUAAAGAAACUGAAGUGUGGAAGAUAAACAAGGUCCAGCUGAUCUACGACACUUCAGAGAUGACACACUUCAUUAGCGCUUAUAAUCCGGGGAAACACACGGCCAGCACACACCAUCUCUCUGCGCUGGUGACUCCGGCCGGACGCUCGUUCGUUUGCUCGGCUCAGCAGACGCUCACGCUGAUCUCCAGCGACCAUCAGAAGGGAAUCACCGUCUCCAUCUACGACAUUCAGAUUCAACCCUUCGACAUCAAGAGCGACUUUGUCUUCAGUGAACCGUAUAAAUGCAUCACGGACCAGCGGGAGCAGCUGGAGCAGACGCUGCCGCUGGUGUUGGGUCUCAUCCUGGGUCUCAUCAUCGUCAUCACCAUCUCCGUUUAUCACUUCCACCUCAAACUGAGCGCCGUGCAGCAGCCGCAGCUUCCUCGCGACCGCUCGCUCUACAAGAACAUGUGAAGACUCUCUAUGCACACGCCAUGCGUCCAGACGUCUCAAUGCACCUCACUAGAACUCCUCUUUUAUUUCUGGGUUCUGUGUCAAAUGUAUGGAAGCCCGUUUCCACCAUAGAAUGAAAUGUUUUUUUUUUAAAAAGGUAGUUGCGACUUUUUUUCAGAAUUGCAAGAUAAAAACUCAUAAAAAAGCCAGAAUUGUGAGAUAAACAGUCGUAAUUACCUUUUAUAUCUUUUAUUCCAUAGCUGGAAAACAGAAUUGCGAGACGUAAACUUAGAAUUCUGAGGACAAAAAGGAGUUAAUAUCUUGCAAUUUUGACUUUUUUCCUCAGAAUUAUGAAUUUAUAUCGCACAAUUCUAUGUUUAUAUCUCAGAAUUGCAAGAAACAAAGCCCGAAUUGUGAGUUAAGAAGUUGAUAUUACCUUUAUUUUUGUCAUUUCUGUGGUUUUCAUACGGAUGUCUUGUCUAGAUGUUAAAUGUCAGCGCUGCUCUCAUCACGUGUCGUUUACCACACGAUUGUCUAUCGCUGUAAAAAUAGAGAUAUUUAAAUUGCUUGAAGGAUAUAAAUAAAGUACAAAUAUUUAUUGAUGAUAAUUUCAUGAUUAUUGCUUAUUUUGUGAUUACUGAAUAUUUUCUGAUUUGCUAAAUGAGACAAACUGUACUGUCCCUGUGUUCUUCUGUUUACUCUCUCGUGGAUGUGAGGAGCUUUAGAAGAUCUUUGCUGUUUGAGGUUUUUCUUUUCCAGCUGAAAAAGGGAAACUGAAGGUUUAGAUCCAUCAGAAUCAAACAUGACUCGGAGAUGAAUGGAAAAUCAAUAAGAAGCGGCAGUAACAUCACUGGCAUUAAAGAUUUCCACAAAUGAGCUGCGAUCCUCACAGAUCGAUGUCUGGAGUCUCGGGCGCCGAGGGCUUUAUUGAUCCACGUCACCGGCGCUCAAUUAAAAACACCGCUUCUGCUGGCCAGUGAUUUAUGCUGCCGUUCUUCAGGAUUUCUUAAAGUUCUGCUGUUUGUGUGCGUAUUCAUCAGUUUCUGCUCACGCUGCAGCUCAGAUCUCAUUCCAGCAUGUUCAUAUUCAAAUGUGGUGCGUUAAUAAACUUUCAUUUUUUGUCAAACUGUU